UCAUGAAGUUAGCUGUCGGUUAAAUCCUUAGAUAAUGAGUUUAUUUCAUACCACUUUCGUUCUUUGGCUAGCUCUAGUCCUUAUUUCACACGAAGUUUCAGGAGAAAUAGAAACUCUCGUGGAGGAACCUGGACCAAACCUUUGGUACUGGGCUGUCUUUAAAGAAAUAUCUGAAGGAUUUGGGUGGAGUCAUCCUUCGACUCAAAGUCAAUCGUACUCAGUCUGUGAUAUUGCUAGCAUUAAUGACGAACCAAAGAACUGGUUACGAACAGAAUAUAUCUACAUCAAAGGUGCUACACGACUCAAUAUUGAAGUCACCUAUGACCUUCGUAACUGCCCCUUAGCUAACGUGAUGCCAUUCUGCAGAAGUAACUUCACCCUUUAUUCUUAUCAUACGGAUCACAAAUUAGAUUAUAAUCCAGACCCAACAAAGUUAAAGUUCCAAAAAGAAACUGUCAUUGCCCCAGAAACUCCUCUUGCGCCAGCUCAACGCACAACAGACACAUUUCAUGGGUCAAUAUUAACAAAAGCAAAGGGAAUUUAUUUGGCUUUAUUAGACCAAGGAGCCUGCUUGACAAUAAGAAAGUUUGUUGUGAGAUAUCGUUUCUGCUCUGAAACGGGCGCUGCUCUCGUUAAAUUUCCAAGAACAGUUGCCCCAGCAAAUAAUAUUAAUUCAACUAAUCAUGAAGGAGAAUGUACAGAUCCUCACUCACUUAAAAGAAACAACCAAAAGAUAUUUGGCGUGUGCCUCAGUAAUGGGGAGUGGAACAUCACAAAUAGCUCAGCCUGCCUUUGCAGUUAUGGCUAUGAACUAACCAAUGGAUCUUCAGACUCUUUUGUAUGCAAAGAGUGUCAAAAGGGCUUCUAUAAGGAUUCUGUUGGUAGUGAAAAAUGUGUUCCUUGUCCUGAAAACUCAGCAUCUAAUAUUGACAGAAAUGGAUGCAUGUGUAACGAAGGUUACUACAGAUCAUCCAUUGUCGCAGAUUGUGAGGUCUUUGUAAAGGUAAUUAACAUAACUAUGGUCAUUACCAGUGAAAGUUGCACCGAUGAAAAAUACGACGAAUCCUCAUUACUGGCGAGAGUCGAAGAAGUGAUGGAAGAAGCUUUUGCUGGGAGAUUUUCAGGUUUCAAAAGUGUGCAUUUGAAAAGUAGCAUUAGGUGCGGAAGUAUAACUUUCGACCUAGCACUUAUAUUUAAUUACAAAGCAAAAGAGCAAGAUGUCAUCACAGUGCUUCGUAAUGCCUCCAAAGAUGGGAAGCUUGGAGACUUCAUUGUGAGUACCAUAAAAGAGACAAGAUCACAGGUUGAUUUCGAAACUGGAAACACUGAGACAGGCACAAUAACGCCUCCAGGCAGUGUCACAGGGAUUAUCACUGGUGCAGUGGUUGGUUGUGUCGUCGCAAUUGCUGUUGCUGUUGGAAUAUUUGUUUUUUUCCUAUGGAAGCAAAGAAGGCGUAAGAGCAAGAAACCAAAUAAUAGGGGUUUUAUCAAAGCAAGCUUUGGCCCAUAAGAAAUGUAGUAUUUAAAACAUAAUGACAGUUGUAUCAGAUACCUUUUUCCCAUAGAGCAAAGAGGGUAGACUACAAACUUAACUCAAUAUUAAGACUUCGAGACUUCUUUAAAUUUCCGAAAAAAGAUGAUAAAUGUGCGAGUCCUGGUGCGUAUCCUUUCAUAUGAUUAUAAGUUUCUAUUCGCGAGAAAAUUAAACUUAUUUUCAUACCAAUGUUUGAGCACCAGCCACAUUUUGAAAAAGAGGCCAAAGGUAAUUCGAAAAUGGCCGAUUUAACUGCACGAUGCAAGAAAACGAGUGCACGAAAUUGGCUACGUCAAUUUUCAAUGUCAAGGCUUAAGUACGCAGGCCGUUAUUGGCUUACAGAGUGAAACACCCCGCACUACCCGAGAAUACCUUGAGAAGGACCAAAGGAGCGAGGAGAAAUAUACGCAAAUCAAAAAAUUCACAACUCUCAUUUGAUCGCUCUGAUCGCUCAUUUAAUGAUCGCUCUGGAAGUUUUGUUAGACUUUCCAUUUGUAAAGUGAGAUGAAUGUUAAGAGAAACUGUUAUGCAUUGCCUUUAAAGUAAUUUCUUUUUAAAAGGGUCUAUAUACUUUGUGUUGCAUACCUUUCGAGCUGGUUUUUCUUUCUUUCUAGCUCUGUCAUUUUACGUUUUUCAAUUUUUUUUUCUUUCAUACUGUUUUGGGAACAGAAAAAAGAGAAAGGUGAGAUAUUUAUAACGAUGAUUUAUUUUCCAAUUCAAAUUAUUGUUUUUGUUGACGGUGGCACUGCAAUUAUUUUUGUUAGUAAUAUACAUGGAUCAGGGUUACUAUUAAGUUAAUGUUCCUAGAGCGUCCUUAGCGUGAUGAAUUUUAAACUACUGACGAGACCUUUUGAGUGAGGGUUAUCCAGAUAUAUUUAAAUUUGUUUAUAACUUGCCACUCAAUGCUAGGCGCAGAAAUCUUAGCAUUUCUACUCAUAAAAACCGGCUUAGCACAAAUUAUUUCAUAAAUAAUAAUCAUGAAGGGCCCAGACAAGUGCGUUUCCGUCUAUUAAAUAAAUAUGUUUCAUCCGAUUGGAUUCGGAUUAGAGAGCAAAGGAUGUUCUUUUUUAUCAUUAGGAAAAAAGAACAAAGAAAUGAAGAAAUAGGAAUUGUUGAUAGGGCUGGGCUUGAAAUGGCGAAACCUUCUCAGAGCCAGCAGUACAUGGCACUGGAUGUGUGGAAUCUGUCACCGGCCAUAACAGAUGCAGAGCGGGCGAACUGUCCACAACCUGCCGAGUCAGUCGAUGAAUACACCUCUCUGUAUUCAUCACCACGCUGUUGGGAGAUUCCUACAGAGCUCGUGUCAGUUGAAAAGGUCGUUGGUAAAGGUCCUUUUGGUCAGGUUGCCAAGGCAACAGUCAUAGGCCUCCAGGGGAGGCCAACAAAGACACUUGUGGCUGUUAAGAUGUUGAAAGGUAUCAAAAACUUCAAAUAACUACAAACGUUUCUCUGAAAUCCCGAAGGUAAAACUCCCUUGGAAAGAAGGAAUAUUCAGCAGGUAGUA